CUUGCUUUCUGGCUUUCACUACUAAUACUCUAUGCCCUUGAUUUAGCAAGUGCCUUCACUUGCAAAAUCCACCUCCAAAUCUCUCUCUCUCUCUCUCUCUCUCUCGUCAUCUUUUACUGGCAAAUUCCGGCCUAAGUUCUUAAAGCUGCCUUGUUCCUGCUUAUGUAGAAGCCAUAUAUACACAUAAAAAGUUUUGGUCUUUGAAAGCAAUUUAAGUGAAAGUUUGCUGCUUUUGGUUGCCAAGGUAUGUUCUUCAAUUCAAUCAUGAAACCUCUCUCUCUCUCCCCCUGCGAACAGUCUGAAUUUCUCAUUAAAUUCCACAGAAUGUGAGAUGGGUAUAUCCAAAGAUGAAUUUGUUCUUUGAUGAACCAUUUUUAAGUUUGUCUUGUUCAUCAUCACCAUCAAUCUCUCGCCUGAACUGAAACAGUAGAGACUUCUUUUGAAGUGGGUCUGUCAGCUUUUGCUGGAACAAGCUUGAAAGAAGGGGCUUUGAGUCUGUUUUGUAGAAACCCAAGAAUGGAGAUUUCAAGUCAAGAAGAUCAUGAAGUGCCCAUCCCAAUAAACAGUGCAUACGGUGGUGGGCUUGGGCACUUGACCCAUCAUCACCACCAUGAUCCUGCUGCUAAUUCCGCUCAUUCAGCUCACGGUAACAGCACCAACAUCAUCAACCCAGAAAUCCCAUCCAAUGGUAAUAAUGGGCAUGGACAUUAUGAGCAUCAUCAUGAUCAGGAAGACCACCACCAUCGUCGUCAUCAUCAACAUGUAGGGGGUUACAACAUCAUCAUCAACAAGAAGCAGCGGCAGCAGCAAGGUACGAAGUACAAGGAAUGUCUGAAGAACCAUGCAGCCGCCAUGGGAGGCAAUGCCACUGAUGGGUGUGGAGAGUUCAUGCCGAGUGGUGAAGAAGGCACCAUUGAAGCUCUCACUUGCUCCGCCUGCAACUGCCACAGAAACUUCCACAGAAAAGUAGUCGAAGGAGAAACAAUCCCAUUACCUUACUACCACCAUUACCAUCACCCACCGCCUCGACAGCUCAUGCUUACUCAUCACCAUCGCCACAACAACAAUGCCCACAAGAUCAGAUCAGCAGUGCCACAUCAGAUGAUCGUGCCGUACAUGCCAAACUCCGAGUCCGAGGACCAGAUGGAGGAAGACGGCGGCGGAGUUUCCAUGGCGGCGGCGAGGCCAGCUCCGCCGUACAGCCACCAGAAGAAGAGGUUCCGUACGAAAUUUACUCAAGAACAGAAGGAGAAGAUGAUGAAUUUCGCGGAGAGGGUUGGUUGGAAGAUUCAGAGACAAGAAGAAUCAGUCGUCCAGCAGUUUUGCCAAGAGAUUGGAGUCAAGAGAAGGGUCCUCAAAGUUUGGAUGCACAACAACAAGCACAAUCUUGCUAAGAAGAAGAACAGCACCGACAACGUUAACGACCUCAACAUGUCCGGUAGUAACGACAAUAACGCCACUGGAAAUCUUGAUUCUACUGCUUAAAUUAUGAUCUCGUUAAUCAAGUGCGCUAUCCAUCCAUUUAAUCACAGUUAGUUAGAGUUAAUUAAGCUGAUGAUUAGGGUUUUUUAAAAAUUAAUUCCUAGUAGGCUUUGUUGUUUAUGUGAGGUGGUUAUGUCAUGUAUGUGAUCGAUGCCUUGGGAUUUCCAGUGUUGUUAAUUUCUGUGACAACCUUUUUUUAUGUCAUAUAAUUCUCAAUCGACUGAUAAAAGUGGAUUA